AAGGAAGGGCUGCUCCAAGUGACUUCAAGACAUUAGACAAGUGCAGGUUUGUUUCCCUAGCACUCAAGACUUAACUUCUCUUGGCCAAUAGUUUUGGUUUUUGACAUCGAAGUCAAUUGAAUUUCUCGAAAACCUGUGAUUUUAUCAUAGAAUUAUACACUUUAAUUUCUUAUCAUUUCAUUAAAUAUGAUUUCGUUAUUAAAACAUUCUUCGAGAUUAGCUCAACAUGCAUUGAACUUGAAAAGGAACAUUGCAUGUCUAGCGGCAUUGCCGGAGACUCACCAAAUGCUCCAAAAGACAGUCAGAGACUUCGCUGACAAUGAACUCAUACCAAAGGCUGCCAAAUUUGAUCGCGAACACUUGUAUCCUGCCGAAGAGAUCAAGAAAAUGGGUGAACUUGGUUUGAUGGCUGUUGCUGUGCCAGAGGAAUAUGGUGGCACUGGUUUGGACACACUUGCCUAUGCUAUUGCUAUGGAGGAAAUCUCAAGGGGAUGUGCAUCAGCUGGUGUCAUAAUGUCUGUUAAUAAUUCACUCUACUUGGGUCCGAUUCUGGCAUUUGGUAAUGAAAAACAGAAGAAAGAAUACAUCGAGCCUUUUACUACCGGUGAAAAAAUUGGUUUCUUUGCUCUGUCGGAACCUGGCAACGGAUCUGAUGCUGGAGCGGCCUCUACUACUGCUGUUCUGAAAGGAGAUCGAUAUGUUUUGAAUGGAACCAAAGCAUGGAUCACUAAUGGAUUCGAGGCCGAAUCGGGAGUGGUAAUCGCAACUACAUCGAAGGCCUUGAAACACAAAGGAAUUUCUGCCUUUAUAGUUUCAAAGGAUUUGAAAGGUUUUACCGUUGGCAAGAAAGAAGACAAACUAGGAAUUCGCGGCUCCUCUACAUGUCAAUUGAUUUUCGAAGAUUGUGAAAUCCCCAAAGAGAAUCUUUUGGGUGAAGAAGGCUAUGGCUUCAAGAUCGCCAUGAAAGGUCUUGAUGGAGGACGAAUUGGAAUCGCUGGACAGGCUCUAGGUAUUGCCCAGGCUUCACUCGAACUGGCUGUUGAUUAUUCUAACAAGCGAACGGCUUUUGGUAAGCCCAUUUCAAAAUUACAAAUAAUUCAACAAAAAAUUGCCGACAUGGCAUCGAGUGUGGAGUCUGCGCGUCUUCUAACAUGGCGUUCAGCGUGGCUAAAAGAUAAUGGCAAACCAUUUACCAAAGAAGCUGCCAUGGCCAAACUAGCUGCUUCGGAAGCUGCAACUUUUUGCUCUCACCAAGCCAUUCAAGUCCUCGGUGGAAUGGGUUAUGUUUCAGAUAUGGCCGCAGAAAGACAUUAUCGUGAUGCUAGGAUAACAGAAAUUUAUGAGGGCACUUCGGAAAUCCAGAAAUUGGUUAUUGCUGGGUCGGUGCUAAAAGAGUUGAGUGUAUAAGAUUUUUAGAUUACCUAUAGCCGGAUAGAUCAUGUUAUCUUGUUCAAUAUUUUGCAUUUAUUUUGUUUUUGUUUAUUUUGUAUGUAUUUCAAAAAAAUAUUACGUAAGAAUAAAGUGAGGAUUUAUGUAUGUAAUUUGUGUAAAGCAA